UCACGGCACCCACAAACCCUACCCUAUAAACCAAAUUCGCAAUUCCUUAUUCUCAACACUUCCAUUCUCAUUCUAAUUUGUAGAACAAUUUUUUCGAAUUAGGGUUACAUCUUCUAUUCAAUUUAUCAUGGACGCGCAGAGAGCUUUGCUCGACGAACUCAUGGGUACAGCGCGCAACAUGACGGAGGAAGAGAGAAAGGGGUACAAGGAAGUUACUUGGGACGACAAGGAAGUGUGUGGAUUCUACAUGGUGCGCUUUUGCCCUCACGAUCUCUUCGUCAACACGCGCAGUGAUCUCGGUGCUUGCCCAAGAAUUCACGACCCAAAAUUGAAAGAAAGUUUUGAGAAAUCUCCAAGACAUGAUGCAUAUGUACCCAAAUUUGAAGCCGAACUUGCUCAAUUUUGUGAGAAAUUGGUGAUGGACUUAGAUAGAAGAGUAAGGCGGGGACGAGAGCGCCUUGCUCAAGAGGUGGAGCCAGCACCACCCCCACCUCUGACAGCUGAAAAAUCUGAGCAGUUAUCUGUUGUGGAGGAGAAAAUAAAGAACCUUCUUGAACAAGUUGAAUCUCUUGGCGAAGCUGGGAAAGUUGAUGAAGCUGAAGCUCUUAUGAGGAAGGUGGAGACACUUAAUGCUGAGAAGACAGCUUUAACACAACCUCAAAAUGAUAAGGUGUUGAUGCUUGGUCAGGAGAAGAAGAUGGCACUAUGUGAAAUUUGUGGUUCUUUUCUUGUGGCAAAUGAUGCUGCAGAAAGGACACAGUCACAUGUCACAGGGAAGCAGCAUGUUGGUUAUGGCAUGGUUCGUGACUUCAUAACUGAGUAUAAGGCUGCUAAGGAGAAAGCUAAUGAUGAGGAAAAGUUAGCCAAGGAAAAAGAGGCCGAAGACCGGAAGAAACAGAGGGAGAAGGAGUAUGAGAGGAGGAGACGGAGUGAUUCAAGUGAUAGGGAUAGGCACCGUGAUAAAGAUCACAAUAGGGAUCGGGACAGAUAUAGGGACAGAGACUCGGAGCGUGAAAGGUCUCGGGAGAAUGAUGGUAGAGGCCACCGAGAUGGGGGAAGGGGAGUAGAUUAUAGGUUGAGGAAUGGACGAAAUGGAGGUAGAGACCGGUACCGUGAUAGGAGCAGAUCACGUUCUCCUGGGGGUGAAUUUACACUUUUCCCAUCUCAGAGCUUUGUUGAGAGUGUACAAUCUCCGUUUCAUCAAAUAUUAUUAAUGGAGAAAAGGGUUGAGUCUUUCUUUUCUCUCAUUUCUGGGAAUCAAUUGAUUGAUUUAAGAUGUCAGACACAAAAUUUCAUGAAUGAAUGUCAUUGCUGCCGAGGGGGAUGGUUUUCUCUUGUAUUGAGGUUUAAAAAAUGCUGCUUAUUCUGACAUGAAAUUUGACAUUGAACUACAUUCCGAAGGCACCAGUAUAGAAGAUAUAGGUAACCUUACUGAAUCUGUUGUUAGUUAUCUCCCAAAUCCAUGGUAUCAUAGCAUAUUUAUUAUAUAUUUGGUGUGAUAUCAUCCGAUAACAUCAUAUUCUGGAUGGAGAAUUAAAUUUUAUUCCAUAGUUUCCUGAUGUCAUUCUUUAUAUGGGGUUCCGGUGCGAAAAAGAUUACUAGUUCAUGUAGUCCAGUAUAAGUAGACGGUUAUUUUACCCAUUUGGCAACUGGUUUGGAAUGGUAAAUAAUUACAGGAAGGCAAAUCAUCCUCUGUAAAAGUAACGAUUUACAGAGUGUUCGAAUAGAAAUGAAAUGACCAUAUACAGGGAUUUGGUUGUCUUUGCUUUUCGCAUGAAAAACUUUCGAUGAUGUGGAAUGCAGAAUCUCUCCUUUCAUGAACAAACGUUCUUCCUUUGUUCUCCGGGUGAUUGGAGGUAAAUUGUCUCUCAUAUCUGGGUCAGAGCGUUUAAUUUGGUGUUCAGGAACUCUAGUUUCCUUGUGAUCUUUGAUAGCUAUAUACGUGCAGGAAAAUAACCCUGGUUUCUUGUUAUAAAACCGAGGUAAAAUGCAAAUUAAGCUCUAAUUAUUUUUUCUCUUUAUAUGUGGAGAAAGGGAUAUGCUUUUUAUUAUUCAAAAGAGCAGCCCAAUCCUUGAUGAACCUAGGACUUGAGUCAAUACACUUCAAACUUGCGAUCUUAAAGAUUGUAAAAAUUCAAGGAAAUAAAAUUAGCGAUUUUUGGAGCAAUAA